CACGAUUUCCAUGGUCUCAUCGAUGGCGACGACGACGACGACGACGACGACGACGGCAGGGCUCGACGGCGUGCUGAUUCGCUUUGAGGAAGCCACGCGCGACGCGCAUCGUCUCCAGCUCCAGACCCUCCGCACGAUCCUCGAAUGCAACGCCACCGUCGACUACCUGCAACGCCACCUCCCUGGCUGUUCUCUCGGGGUCGGCGACGAAGCCGUGUCCUCUUUCCGGCGUCUCAUCCCUUUGUCCUCCUAUGAUGACUACGCCGAUCUCAUCCAACGCAUCGCCGAUGGCUCCGAGUCCCCUGCCGCUCUCUCUCUUGAUCCUCUCCUCUGCUUUUUCUACAGUUCGGGAACCAGCACUAUGAACCCAAAGAUGAUACCUUUCUUUGAAUCCAUGCCUGCCAAAUCUUCAUCCAGUCUCGCCCACCAAUGCAGUUCUGCACUUCUUCAAAGGCUAUUCCCUCCAAGACAAUCUAUAAAUAAGGUUCUUUGGUUCUUGUAUGCCGGAAAGAUCAUUGAAACCAAGGGAGGAUUCAGAGCAAUGGCAGCCACUGCAUUCCCUUUCCAGAACAAGAGAUCAAGCUCAACACCAUUGUUAUCCAUGUGUGUCAGCCCUCCAGCUGUUAUUCUUGGUUCUGAUAACUAUCAACAGAUGUACUGCCACCUCCUCUGCGGCCUCCACUGCUCGGCCUCCAUUGACGCCAUUCGUGCUCCCUAUGCCGUUGGCCUGAUUCGAGCCAUUCAUUUACUAGAGUCCAAAUGGGAGCAACUCUGCAAUGACAUUGAGUUUGGCUUCUUGAGUUCAGAGUUCAUUACUGAUUCUUCAAUGCGAGAGGCUGUUCAAGAGUUACUCGGUGGACCGAGGCCGGAGAUUGCAAAGGCGAUUCGAGGAUUUUGCAGCAAGGGGAAAUGGGAAGGAGUUCUCAGAGAAUUAUGGCCGGAGGCCCGGUACAUUGCUUGUGUAACAACAGGAAGCAUGGAGCAGUAUUACCUGAAACUCAGGUACUAUGCAGGAGGCAUUCCGAUCUUGUGUGGUGAUUACUUCUCUUCUGAAUGCUCUGUAGGAAUUAACAUCAAUAGAUUAUCGCCACCUGAGUCCACAAGCUUUGUAAUCAUUCCGACCACUGCUUAUUUCGAGUUCCUCCCUUUCCGACCGGAAACUCCUCUUGAGACCAAUGAAACAGUAGACAUAUCUGGGGUGGAAAUCGGCGAACUGUAUGAAAUAGUAGUGACUACUUACAGAGGGCUGUACCGAUACCGUCUGGGUGACAUUGUGAAGGUCAUCGGCUUUUACAAUUCGUCCCCUGAAGUGAAGUUCAUCACGAAGAGCACCAAAGGACUCAUCGGAGAUCUUCACGGAAAGUGAUCUAAUGCUAGCAAUGGAGAAUUUUCAGUUAAUGCUAAAUGAAAAUGAGAUGGGAGAAGUUGUGGAGUAUGCUGGGUACUUGGAAUUGGAUUCAAAACAGCAACAUUUGGUUGUGUUUGUUGAGAUUAUUAAUACUUGUAUGAAUUGGACUAAUUGUGAUUGUAAUUUUGUUAACAAAUGUUGUCAUUUGAUUGAAGGUUGUUUGGGGAGUGUAUAUCAGGUGAGGAGGGCUGGUGGGAGUUUAGGCUGUUUGGAGAUUGCCAUUGUUAGAGCUGGGAGCUUUGAAGGUCUGGCAAUGGUGGCAAUGGAGAAUGGUGCACCUGCUAAUCAGUAUAAACCUCCAAAGAUCAUCAGAAAUUUGAAACUUGUUUCUUUGUUGAGAGAUUGUGUUAUUGCUAGCUACUGUUAUUAGCAUUGUGGUGUGGUUUUGUUUUUGCAUUUAUACCCCUGUAAAAAGUUUUAAAUUUUAUAUGUACUGUUGUAUAAUUGAACGAGGGAACUUCUAAUUAUGCCUUUUGUGCAUCUUUGUUGAA